AUGGCACACUCCCACUCCCACGACGGCGGCCACAGCCACUCACACAACCCUACCCCCGCAGACCACGGCCACACGCACGAGAUCCUCGACGGCCCAGGGUCGUUCCUAGGACGCGAGAUGCCGCUGAUAGAAGGGCGGACAUGGUCAGACCGCGCCUUUACGGUUGGAAUAGGAGGCCCCGUCGGCUCCGGCAAGACCGCCCUCAUGCUGGCCCUCUGCCUCGCGCUGCGCACCCACUACUCCAUCGCCGCCGUCACUAAUGACAUCUUCACGCGCGAAGACGCCGAGUUCCUGACGCGCCACGCCGCGCUGCCCGCGCCGCGCAUCCGCGCCAUCGAAACCGGCGGCUGCCCGCACGCCGCCGUGCGCGAGGACAUCUCGACCAACCUCGCCGCGCUCGAGGACCUGCACCGCGCCUUCGAUACCGACGUCCUUUUGAUCGAGAGCGGGGGGGACAACCUGGCCGCGAAUUACUCGCGCGAGUUGGCGGAUUUUAUAAUCUACGUGAUUGAUGUCAGUGGCGGGGAUAAGAUCCCCAGGAAGGGCGGGCCGGGCAUCACGCAGAGCGACUUGCUGGUGGUGAAUAAGACGGAUUUGGCGGAGAUUGUGGGGGCCGAUUUGGGGGUUAUGGAGAGGGAUGCGCGGAAGAUGAGGGAAGGAGGCCCAACGAUCUUCGCGCAGGUCAAGAACGGGGUGGCGGUUGACCACAUCGUGAACCUGAUCUUGAGCGCAUGGAAAGCGUCGGGAGCGACACAGGCGCAUAAGAAGGAGUAUACGCCCACGGUUUGA